AUGUACCGGCAAGUGCUGAUCCAUCCCGAAGAUCAGCCACUCCAAAGAAUCCUGUGGCGCACAAAUGCUACUGAUCCCAUCGCCACCUACGAACUACAAACAGUCACCUAUGGGACAGCAUCUGCGCCAUACCUAGCAACAAAAACGCUUCAACAGCUAUCACACGAUGCAGGUUACCGGUUUCCCGUCGCCGCAGAACCCGUUAUGGACGACUUCUACGUUGAUGAUUUUUUGUCUGGAGCCGCUGAUGUGAAGACAGCACAGUGUAUUCAACGUGAAGUUUCCUCUAUGCUUGACUCAGCCGGUUUUUCUCUGAAGAAAUGGGCUUCUAACUCCGUUGAAGUCCUGGAGGGGGUCCCUGAAGAAGAUCGAGCAAUUCAACCUUUCUUCGAUCUGCAGGACGAGCAGUCUGUCAGCACCCUCGGUUUAAUAUGGGAACCCAAAACCGACACUUUCCGUUUCAAAGUACAAUUACCUCUGCCCGCUGCUGUCCUGACAAAGCGAAACGUGAUGUCAUACAUAGCUCAAAUUUUUGAUCCGCUAGGAUUGGUGGGUCCCACCGUCAUGAAAGCCAAGCUUUUUAUGCAGUGUUUGUGGGCAUUGAAAUCGGCCAAUAAUAAACGUUACGAAUGGGAUCAACCACUGCCACAAAAACUCCAGAACGAAUGGAAACAGUUUCAUACCACCAUCGAUCUACUCCGUCAGCUUAAAAUACCACGCUUCGUUUCCCUAAUCAACGCAGUUAGCAUGGAGUUUCAUUUUUUUGCGGAUGCGUCAGAAAAAGCAUACGGGACAUGCUGCUACAUCCGUGCCAAAUCGUUGCAACAAGUCUCCGUCCAGCUCCUUGCCUCGAAAUGCAAAGUUUCGCCACUCUCCGUACGGCAUUCGAUUGCCAGGCUGGAACUUUGUGCUGCCCGAUUAUCCAUCCAACUCUACAAGAAAGUUGCUGCCGCUUUGAAGGUUUCACCAACCAGUGUCUACUUCUGGUCCGAUUCUACCACAGUUUUACAAUGGCUGCGCUCACCUCCGGGUCGUUGGAAGACCUUUGUAGCCAACCGUGUGUCCCAGAUCCAGCAAGCCACACCGAUCAGCAACUGGAAGCACAUCGCCGGUGUCGACAAUCCUGCCGAUGAUAUCUCCCGUGGUCUGAGCCCGCCGGAGAUCCUGAACAGUUUGAGGUGGUGGAAUGGAACACCGUGGCUCUCACUGCCACCCGAAAGUUGGCCCGUUGGAGCAUUGCCAACUGACGAUUCUCUAGAGACUACGAAAGAAAGCAGAAAAAUACCGAUAAUUGCGAUGACUGUCACUCAAAGCAAUUUUAACGACUUCUUGUUCAAUCGAUACUCUGAUUACACCAAGCUCCGUCGAACUACCGCCUAUUGUCUGCGUUAUCUUCAGAAGCUGCACGACCGUGUCAUCAACCGUCGCAUCCACCAUGAAACCCGCGGUCAAUUAACGCUGAAACAAAUCGUCAUUGAUUCCACCCACGCACUAACCACCGAUGACCUGCUGAAAGCCGAAAUCGCCUUGUGUCGUAUGGCUCAACGAGAAGAUUUCCCGGAAGAAUUCAAUGACUUGACUGGGGGCGAACGAAUUGUUAAGUCGAGUGCCAUGAAGUUCUUAAGCCCUCAGUUAGACGAUACUGGAAUCAUACGUGUUGGAGGUCGCCUGAGCAACGCAAACUGCUCCGAACCGAUGAAACAUCCUAUCAUACUCCGAGCAAAACAUUCCCUGAGUGUACUUCUAGCAUCUCACUACCACAAACUCCUGUUACAUGCCGGUCCUCAACUCAUGCUUGCCGGCCUGCGUCAAAAAUUCUGGAUUCUGGGAGGCAGAAACCUGGUACGCCACACAUACCACAAAUGUCACACCUGUUUUCGCAGCAAGCCGGUGUUGAUCCAGCAGAGCACUGCCGAUCUACCAGCCUCUCGUGUCACUCCCACGCGUCCAUUUUCGGUUUGUGGCAUCGAUUAUUGUGGGCCCUUUUACAUUAAAUCGCAAGUCCGCAAGCGUGGACCUACAAAAGUAUACGUGGCCAUCUUCAUAUGUUUUUCUACACGAGCGAUCCACAUUGAGCUCGUAAGCGACCUCUCUACUGCUGCCUUCUUGGCUGCCCUUCGCCGUCUGGUUGCUCGUCGCGGAAAGGUGAGUGAACUUCACUCCGAUAACGCAACGGCCUUCAAAGGGGCCUCCCACGCACUCAAUCGGGUUUAUCGAAUGCUCAAGGCAGAAGAAGCCGAUCGCAAUCAGAUUUUCAGCUGGUGCACCAACAAUGAGAUACGGUGGAAAUUUAUACCACCGCGCGCACCGCACUUCGGAGGACUGUGGGAAGCCGCAGUUAAAUCUGCCAAAUCCCACCUACUAAAGGAAAUGGGCAACACUACUAUCGCGUACGAGGACAUGUUGACCUUACUUGCACAGGUCGAAAUGUGCCUAAAUUCACGUCCAUUAACACCACUACCAUCCGAUGCUUCUGAUCUAGAAGCAUUGACUCCGGGGCACUUCCUAGUCGGGUCGAGUCUUCAAGCUGUUCCUGAACCAUCCGUGAAGGACGUCGCUGAGAAUCAUCUCAACCAUUGGGAACAAACACAACGGCACCUACAACGAAUCUGGGCCCGAUGGUAUCCGGAAUAUUUACAACAGCUCCAGUCCAGAGCAGCGAAGGGUUGCAAUCCGCCGGUAUCUAUCGAACCAGGCAAAAUCGUGGUCAUCAAAGAGGACAAUCUGCCACCUACACAGUGGCCCCUUGGAAAAAUCGUCGCCGUUCAUCCUGGAGCUGACGGAAUCGUCAGAGUCGUCACACUGAAAACAGCGUCCGCAGAGAACGUCGUGAGACCCGUGGCGAAAUUGGCGCUCCUACCGAUGCCAAGUGAUCCUGUUCAACGAGCUCCUGUAACACAAAAUCAUUAG